ACAAUUGGCACCUGCAGGGUGGCCCGGGGCGCCGGUUCUUGGGUCCCCGCGCGCGAUGGCAUCGGGUGGCUGGCGCUGGCUGCGGGGCCUGUGGGCAGCGGGGCAGCCCAUGUUCCAAGGCCGUGCCCUGCUCGUUACCAACACGCUGGGUUGUGGCGUUCUCAUGGCGGCUGGUGACGGCGCACGCCAGUCCUGGGAGAUCCGAGCCCGGCCCGGCCAGAAGUUUGACCCAAGGCGCUCAGUGAGCAUGUUUGCUGUGGGCUGCAGCAUGGGCCCCUUCCUACACUACUGGUACCUCUGGCUGGACCGCCUGUUCCCUGCAUCUGGCCUCCGUGGACUUCCAAACGUCCUCAGGAAGGUCCUCAUCGACCAGCUGGUGGCCUCUCCCAUGCUGGGUGUCUGGUACUUCUUGGGUCUUGGUAGUCUAGAGGGCCAGUCCCUGGAAGAGAGCUGCCAGGAGCUUCGGGACAAGUUCUGGGAAUUCUACAAGGCUGAUUGGUGUGUGUGGCCUGCUGCGCAGCUGGUGAACUUCCUCUUUGUGCCCCCCCAGUUCCGAGUCACCUACAUCAACGGCCUGACACUGGGCUGGGACACAUACCUCUCCUACCUGAAGUACCGGGUGAGCCCAGUGGACAGACCAGGCACCCAGAAAACUCCUCAGGGGCCACACAUGUGAGCUCCAAAUGGCAGUACAGCUCCCCUCCCGGGUGAGGGCCUCCUGUGCCCUUGACAAUCUGCACCCCAUGGUUGGUGGGAGGGAAGCUGAUCACCAGUAGGUGAAGACUGAGCACCUCUCAGUUGUCUAACAGAACCUUGGCCAGGUCCCUGCCCUCAUCGUUUCAGCAAGGAUGACCCCAGCCCCCAGACAAGUGGAGGGCUUGGUGAGGAGCCCGAAGGAAGAGAUGAAUGUGGCAUGUGACUAGACUCUCUUGUGUGGACAGAUCCCAAGCCCCCUGACACUCCCAGUUUGAGUGGCCCUGUGCAGACUGAGUUGCCCCACCCCCUUGACAGGAUGCCAGACAAGGCAAAACUUACUUCCCUCCUGGGCAUCUGGCUGGGCUGCCCCUUCCAAGUCCACUACCAGACCUUAGUCUUCCCAUCUGGAACACAACCAUGAAGAUGGACAGUCAUCCCCCAGGUAUUCUCACUUCGAGCCUCUGUGACCAGGAUGUCCCAUCCUCAGGAUGGGGCCCCAACCACCCAGCCAGCCCCAACCCCUCAACUGUGGACUGGGCUCUGAGCCCUGGAACAAAGGUGGGGACAUUGCCCAUCCACUCUGAGCAGGGCCUACCCAGGAGCCUGGCCCCUAGGAUCUGGAGCCAGGCAUCCCCAGUGUUGUGUGUCGUGUUCUGAUCGUGAGCUGUGGAAACUUCAUUAAAUUCUCUCUCUAAUUGAAAAUUU